CUGAGAAUAAGCGUCCGGACACGGACAUUGUCCGGCACCAAAACCCCAUUUGUCCGCCACGCAAUCCAAUUAGCCUGACAAAUUGUCCGACGCCGUUCUGAACACAAUUGCCGAUCUUGUUUUUAGAGUAAUCCACCUGACGCCCCAUUCCCAUUGUAACCCACGCGCUGAUUGGGCAAACAUCCAGGUUGCCGUGACCCCAUUCACUGCUCAUUGUCAAUCACUCGCUCAUUGUCGCUCAAGUACUCAACAAUGCAUUGACCAGCGUGUACACAGUGAUCAGCUGGCCUGCUCAAAACAUCGCAACAAUGGCGGUCAAUCACGCGAGGUUUAGGCUUAUAAUCUGGUCAGAUUUUGUUGAUUCAUUCAUUGUGUUAGAGCGGGAUUUACGAUGUCGAAGUUGACAGAUUAUUUCGGAAGAAAAAACCCCGUUUCAAAGAAGGAUGAUUGUAUCGUUGUGCCCGAGGCUAAUCUGGAGAAAAACCCCGUCAACAAUCGCGAUGUUGAGAUUAUCACCGCCACAGUUUCUGCAUCACCGAAGCCGAACAAGCAGAGUUCAAGUACGAUUUCUACACCGAAUUCGAAGAAAACAAAGCCAAAGCCGGCUGUAUCGUCUUCAACAAAAAAAAGGACAUUAAAAUCGUCAACUGUUGAUAGGUGGAUUAAGUCUGAUCUUGCACGGGACAAUGCAGAACUUUGGUUAAAAUACACUGCCGAUCGUGACGGUAAUGUCAGUGCAUUGCGGUGUACAUUGUGUACAUCCUUUGAGGACGAACUGAAAACUAUGAAAGAUUUUUCACCAGCAUGGAUUAACGGCAGCGGAAACUUAAAGCUUUCGAAUCCAAAGGAUCAUGCCAACACUUUGUGCCAUGCAAAGGCAUAUCGUUUGCAUUGUUACAAAGUUCGUCGGGAAACUGGUGCUGAUUGUGUGGUUACUCUGCCUGAGAAACUUGUUGACCCUAAGCAACAAACGAUUCCUGACGCUUGUGAACGGCUGUCAACGCGUGAUGAAGAACAGCUGACGAAAAAAUUCGAAGUUGCAUAUAUGGUCGCAAAAAAGGAGUUGCCGUUCACCACAUACGAGGAUAUCGUGAAGCUUGAGAUGCGCCAUGGUGUGGAUGUUGGGACAGCCUACACCAAUCGAUUCCAGUGCGCAGAAUUCAUUGAUUGUCAUGCGGAAUAUCUUGCCGAAACUCUUAAAAACGAUCUUGUGAAAGCGAAAUUCUACAGUGUGUUAUGUGAUGGCUCUACUGAUUGUACGAUUACCGAGAAGGAGGUUGUAUACGUUCUCUACUUCGACCCAGUUGGGGACCCGGACAAAGUGCAAGUGAAAUUGACAUUUCUAUACCUAAAGGACGUCGGUGUACCGAAUGCACCUGGAAUACAAUCGGCCAUCGAACGAAGUUUUCAAAGCCUUGGAAUACUUCCUUGUGAAAUGUACAGAAAACUUGUUGGCUUUGGUGCUGAUGGUGCCAGUGUGAACAGUGGUGACAAAGCUGGUGUCAAAGCUUUGCUUUCCAAACAUGCACCAUGGUUGGUCUUCCAGUGGUGUGUUGCGCAUAGACUCGAAUUGGCUUUAAAGGAUGCUUUGAAGGACACGUAUUUCAAGAAGGUGGACCACAUGCUAAUGAGGCUAUUCUACUUGUACCACAAGGCUCCCAAAAAACUAUUUGAAUUGAAGGCAUUGUACGAAGUAAUGAAAAACACAUUUGAAUUUGAAGAGGGUACAUUGAAGCCCAAACGAGCUUGUGGUACAAGGUGGAUCAGCUUCAAGUUGGAUGCGUUGAAGUUAGUUCUGGAUAAGUUUGGUGUUUACAUGGCACAUUUGAAGAAGUUGUCACCGAAGGUUGCUGAGAUUGCUGGUUACCUGAGAAAGUGGAAUACUCCUCACAUGUUGAUUCAGGUCGCUUUCUACAUUGAUGUGUUGACCCCAGUUGCAACGUUGUCAAAGAUUUAUCAGGGUGAAGGGGUUGAUGUUGUUAGGGCUGGUGAAGCCUUGGGGAAAACUAAAGUGAAAUUAGGCAAAUUGAAAAAAAAGAAACUUGAGGAAAUGUCAACUAUGAAGAUUUGCUUGCAGAAGGUCGAACACAUCAAUGAGAAAGCAGUGUACCAAGGGCUAGAAUUCAGUCAUGCAAAGUUUGACCAUAGCUUGAAUGUCAUGAGGGGCCAGAAAACUGAUAUUCUGGAUGUUGUAGAGUCGUGUGUUUCAUCCAGAUUAGAUGCUGGCAGUGAUCCAUUGAUUGAGCAAGUUGCAAUGGUACUAAAUUGUGAGUCUUGGUUGGCAAGGUCAGAGGUUGAUGAUGAUGAUGAAUGCUUUGCAGAUGAUGAGAUAACUGCUCUCUUUCAGCAUUUCUGUUUCGCUCAUCAAAUGCUUCAAGCCGGUGGAAAAAUGUACUAG